UCUCUUGGAUGAAGCGAGUCCCGGCGCGGUAUCACUGCUGUUAAUUCGGCUUCACUGCAGCCAUGUCCCGAAGAAAGCAGAGCAACCCGCGCCAGAUCAAACGUCCCCUCGGUGAUGGACUGGAGGAGGAAGAUGAGUGUCUGUCGGAAGGGAACGAGUUAGCGACUAAAGAGGAGUUCUCGGUGGAGGAGAACUUCACGGCAGACUUUGAGACGGAGAACAUCGCCUGUGAGGACAUGGAGUUCUUCUGCACUAAAGGUGAGGAGAACAGCAGCAGGGAUAUGCUGGACACAGGCGUGGAUGGACAGAGCAAAAGGAAUAAGCCGCCCACUUUGGAAUCAGAGGAGUGGGACGGUCCAAGAGAACUUGACCUGAAGAACAAAGACGGCGAGCGGCGAGUUCAGAGUCGUCAGCAGCUUCCUGUAGGAACCACGUGGGGGCCGUUCGACGGCAAGAUCGAGAUGAGCACAGACGCCACCAGUCUGAAAAGCAAGGCACCGGUCCCAGUGGUUCUGAGCUCGGGUCCCAGGUGGCUGCUGGAUGUGACUUGGCAGGGAGCAGAAGACAACAAGAACAACUGUGUUGUGUACAGCAAAGGUGGACAGCUGUGGUGCACAACCACUAAGAACAUAAUGGAAGGCGAGGAGCUGGUGGCGUUCGUUGUGGACUUUGACUCUCGGCUGCACUCGGUCAAUCACAUGUCUCUAAGCGAGGGCAUGUACCCAGCACGCCUCCUAGACACUAUUCAGCUCCUGCCACAGCAAGCCGCCAUGGCUUCUAUUCUCCCCACCGCCAUCGUCAACAAGGACAUAUUUCCCUGUAAGGCUUGUGGAAUUUGGUUCAGAAGCGAAAGGAACCUACAGGCGCAUCUGAUGUACUACUGCAGCGGGCGGCAGCGGGAUCCAGAAACCGGGCCUGAGGAGAACGAGGUGAACCCCCACCAGACCCCCAGCAUCUGCCCUUUCCCACAAUGCAACAAAAGCUUCAGUAAUCCUCGAGCCCUGGAAAUGCACCUGAACACACACAGUGGUAUCAAAACGGAGGAGACGCUGCCCCCCGGCACCAGCCUGAAAUGCACAAUCUGUAACUACACGGCGGAUUCGCUGAUUACGUUCCAGCACCACGUUCUCACUCACCUGUCACAGGCGGCCUUCAGAUGCAAUCACUGCCAUAUCAGCUUUCAGAACCACAGGGAACUCCUACAGCAUCAGGACCUGCACAGCCACUCUGGCAAGCUUCACAGAGAAAGCGACAGUGAGCAGUCACCGCAGGGGACGGAGGAAAGUCUGCAGGCCAGACAGGAUCUAGCAGCAAGGAAGGACACCGUCCGACAGAGUCCCAAAAAUAUAGCCAACAAGGACAGUAGCGCCGAUGGAGAGUUAGAAAAAGCUGAGAAAAAGCUUGUGCUUGGACUGCAGAAGGGGGACGUCCACUCGGGGGGCAAGGCCAGCUUCUCUUACACCAGGAUCAAAUCAGAGCCUUCUAGUCCCAGACUGGCCUCCUCUCCAGUUCAGCACAACUUGGGACCCACCUUUCCCAUGGGUCCGUUCCUUUCACAGUUCGCUUUCUCCCAAGACAUCUCAGUGGUGCCCCAAGCAUCAGAAAUUUUAGCCAAAAUGUCAGAACUGGUGCAUCGCAGAUUACGCCACGGAGGGAACACUUACCCGCCCGUGUUAUACAGCCCUCUCAUGCCGAAAGGGGCGACUUGUUUUGAGUGCAACAUAGCUUUCAAUAACUUGGACAACUACUUGGUGCACAAAAAGCACUACUGCAACAGUCGCUGGCAGCACAUGGCAAAAUCCUCAGAUUUUAACUCCGUACCAGACAAGAUCACCGACUCGGUGAGUCCAAACGGUGGUCACAGUUCAGUAGGGUUGCUCGCAGGAUGCCACCCUUCAGAGACAGACAGUCAUUUAAUGCCAACAUCAUGCUUGAAUUCAUCGGUUUUGGACAUCAUGAACGCUGGUGGCAAAGUAACCGAGAAAGAUCUCAGCGCACAGAUAAAAAAAGUCACCACGCCAACACCAGGUGUUGAGGACAGACUCAACGAAAAGCAGGCAGAGGUCAAAAGUCCAAACACAUCCCUACCUGAGGGCGAGAGUGACCUAAACAAGACCACUUGCGAGGCCUGCAACAUCACCUUCAGUCGACUUGAGACGUUCAUGGUCCAUAAGCAGUAUUACUGUGCAACACGCCACGACCCACCGAUGAAGCGCAUGUCUAAUAACAAAGUGCCCUCCAUGCAGAGAACCAUGAGGACACGCAAGCGCAGAAAGAUGUACGAAAUGUGUCUCCCGGACCAGGAACACAGACCGCCGCUGGGACUGCAGUCUGGAUUUCUGACUGUUCCAGCACUGGGAAACCCCUGUACAUCUCAAGAGACUGUUGAAAACCUGGCUGACCGUUUCCAUCCCCGCUGUGACAUCUUCGCAGGGAUGGUCCCAAAACACCUCGAGGCUUCUCUCACCGUCACAAAGUCCAUCCUAGCUCCCAAAACGAAUGUCCUUCCUGGCAGUCCUGGCAUCGACGCACCGAUCGAUCUCAGCAAAAAGUGCUCGCUCGCUUCUGACAAGACGUGCAACUCACCCAAAAGACUCUUAGACUAUCAUGAGUGCACCGUUUGCAAGAUCAGUUUUAACAAAGUGGAGAAUUACUUAGCUCAUAAACAAAACUUUUGUCCAGUUACGGCUGCUCAGAACAGUGACGUUGCCGGCCUUGACGUACCUGCGUUUCCAGGCAUGAAGAUGGAAGGUGGUAACCCUGAUGACGCGUUUGACAAGAGUCCUGUGAAAUGUGAGAAGAACGGCGGCGCCAAGUUGACCGUGCAAAACGGCAAUCUGUUCCCGUCACACCUGGGCCCCAUGCCAGAGCUCAAACCUUUCGCCGACCCCCAGGUGAUGCCCUCCAAGGAACUGUUUCUGCCACAUGGGAUUUACCCUGGAGCAAUAAAAAAGGCAAAAAUCACAGAGCCGAUAUCGCCAUACGUCGGGAUCAAGCCUAGCGACUUCAUGACAGGAGGUAUGGGUAAGCAAGGUGAACCCAGUGAGCAAGAGCACGGUACUAACGGCACAAGUGAUGAAGGCAAAGAGCAACCUGCUGCUCCCAAUGGCUGCUCUCAACCCAUCAAAGAACCCCUGCUUCCAAAAAACAGGGGACUGGUGAUCGUCAAUGGUGGGCUCAAAGUGGAAGAGUGUCAAUCAUCUCUACCCGCUCAGCAAGAAAACCAAUCCAACAACGCUUCACCACCUGAGGGGCAAACGUCUCCCACAUGGGGCGUUGAGAACCCCUCAGAUCCUAACGGAAACGCAUCACCUAUAUCAAAGUCCCCACCCGAUGAUACGCCACCUGUCUUGGCCAAAGGCGUAAAUGGUUCGGCUCAGCCGGCCGGAAGUGGCAAGUACUGCCGCCUGUGCAACAUCCAGUUCAAUAACUUAUCGAACUUUAUCACUCACAAGAAGUUUUAUUGCUCGUCACAUGCCGCCGAGCACGUGAAAUGAAUUCAGACUCUUCCCUUCACC